AUUUUAUACGUAGACAUAUAAAUAUAUAAUAUAUAUUAUACAAGCCCUAUAGCAAGGCCCAUCCAUUUCUUUGUUAUCUAUGCUAUUAUCACUGUUAUCAGAUCAUUAUCAUUAUUGUAUGUUUAUAUUUAUUUUGGAGAAAAAAAGUUGUUCCGUGAUAUCAAAUGCGACUUAUAGAGUGCUUACUGUUUAGAACUAGAAUGUCGUGGAUUUUGGACAAUCGAACCGUCUGAAUGCGGUCGCGUUCACUGUACAUUCGAAACUAACACAAUGGCCAUUCGACUAUGAUCGAGAUUACCAUACCUAAUUACAGACUGGUGCAGGACGUCAAGCCGCACUAUGUAUACACCAUUAGAGUGCUGUCAGUCGACUAUCAGGAGUCUGUGGAAAGGCGGUACAGUGCUUUUCAUGCGUUCCACAGAGAAGUAUGCCAGUGAUAACGCCACAUGACAUUACUGAACUUGACCGUUCGUUUUUGUUUUAUUAUAGCUGAGAAAAACCAUUUCUACACCGCCGUUCCCGUCAAAGCGUAUCAGAUGCUCGCAGCCCAAAGUUCUCGAACAGAGAAGGGCUGGUUUGGAGAGGUAUUUACAAACCGUGUUCAAAAUCGAAGACGGCUACAAACAAGUCAUGGAAUUCCUCGGGCUCAAGUAUCAGCCUAGGUAAAAGAUUAUUUACAAAUUAUUAUAUUUCUCGUAUUAAUCGCAUCUAAUUUAAAUUAUUACCUAGGUAUUAUAUUUUAGAUUCUGAGUGUAGUGAAGAAGCUUAUAGAAAAACUAUAGUUUUAGAUGUUUAUUUAUUUAUUUUUUUUUUUUUUUAUCUGUUCACAACUUUUCUACCAGAAGACUUGGUCAGAUUUUUAAGUGUAGCAUCUUUUCUGAAAGGAAAUCCGUGUGGAAAGAUACUCAACAAAUAUGAACAACUGAAAAUAACAGAGGAAAAACUUAGGAAACUGGAAAAAUUGAUUCAACAUUAAACAAAUAUUAUUAAAGAAAAUAUUUAAAGCCUAUUUAAUUCUUUUACUAUAAAAUGACAUAUAUUUUUGACAAAUUAUCAUUAUUAACUGAAUUCUGCUCAGAAUUGUUUUUCCGUAAACAAUGGUUUAUCGUUGCAUAUAAGUAUACAUUAAAUUAUCUACAACAGUGACUUGCACACGUUCCCAUUAUCUUAGGACGUCUGUUUUUAUUAAUUUAUUUUUUUGUUUAUUAGCCAUAGAAUAGAUAUCAAAUAUCAGCGUCCUGUGUUUCACUUGAUCACCGAACACAUCCCAAAUAGAAGUAGACAUGAAAAACGUUUGUGUUUACCAGACAUUAUCACAGAUGGUGUUCUCAAAGGUCUAUAUGGUUAGUACCUAAUCAACACUCCAGCAAAUACAGUGAUGGUUACAUCUAAGUACUGUUUUCUGUACCCAGUUAUGUUUGUUUGUUUGUUUUUAUUUUUAUUUAUUUAUAUAAAUUAACAACUUAAAUCAAAUUUAACAUUAGUCAUUAUUUUUAUCAUAACAUAAUUAUGUGACAUUUAUUUUAAACAAAAAUACCAUAAUAAAUUAUUAUUUUAAUAUAGAACACGAAUAAUAAAUAUUUUAUAUUAUAGAACUUUUCUAGCUCUAUCCAUGAUCUUCAUAAAUUCUGUAAGAUUGACUUGUCCAUCCCCAUCUUCAUCUGCAGCGUCCAACAUAUUGAAAAUUUCUUGGUCAGAUACUUGCUCUCCAAGCAUCUUAGCAACAUUUUUGAGUUUGUAAAAAUUAAUUUUUCCCGUGUCAUCCUCAUCAAUUAAUUGGAAUGCUUUUAUCAUAUCAUUUUUGGUAUCUCUCUUUGAUAAUAAUUUACGCAUUUCCUUCAUGAAUAUUUCUUUUUUAAUAAAUCCUUCUUGAUCUUUUUCUAUUCCAGAUAUUAACUUGAUGUAUUGAUCUCGACUUAGUUCCAAUCCCAAUGCCCUUAUUGCUAUUUUAAAGUUUCUUGGGCUAAUUGCCAUCUGCUGAUUUGUGUCCAUUAAGUCAAAAGCUUCGCUGAUUUCAAUGUCCUUGAAAAUAAAUUUAAUGAUUCAAUAUGGGAAAAUGAAAUCCAUGAGUAAUUUUUUAUUUUUUUAAAAUUGAAAGCGUUGAAAUUCAUUUGUUCAAAAAUUAUUUUUUGUACAAUUUAAAAGUUAAAUGCAACUAUUAUCAAAUAUUUUUUUUUUAUCAUUUUUAUUUUUUUUAUUAAAUGUUUAGUAUUUUCAAAAACCUAUUUUCCUAUUUUUUCUAUUAAAUAUUCAAUUAUUUUAUACAUUUUAAAAUAUAUUUUAAUAUAAUUGAUACUAACUUUGCUUUAACUUUUAAUCUAAAAUAUGGAAUUCAAAUUUAAACCUGGUUGUCCAUUGUCUGUUACUGGUUUCAAUAGUUUUGAUUGUGUACUGAUUUUCAACAAUAUUCAGAUAACUGCUUAAAGUUUAGUAAUUCGUGCUUGAAAAUGUAAUAAGUGAAAAUUGUUUUUGGUAAACAAAUUGUUUAAAGUAUUGACUUAUUUUCUAUAGCAACUAUGUAAGUGUUUUAAACCAUAUAUGAUGAAAAUUAAAUGAUAGUCUUGUAAAUAUUUCUCAAGUGUAGUUGGUAUUUAUAACAAAUAUAAUAUUUUUUUUAGUUAUGAUCAAAGUUACCAGGAAAAUUAAAAAAUAUAAACACCACAAUUAUAUAUUAUUUAACUAAGUAUUUUUAUAACUGUGUAUACUUUAUUUUGAAUAUAAUACAAGUAGUUUUUAUUGAUAUAUUUAUGUAUUUUAUUGAUACUGAUUUAUUCCGUAGCUACCACAAUAACCCAAGAAACAUCUAAAUUUAUUUAUAAUUUAUAAAGAAUAAUCCAUGGGCAUAUUGUAAAUUAGAAAUAUUUCUAAAUGCACCUAUACUAUCAUAUUUUGCAUAAAAUGAAAAUAUUAUUUUUUGUUAGCGUUGUUUUCAUUGUAGAUCAACAUCUUUUCUUGUCUUGUUAUUUACUAGUUAUUACUCUUGGUACAAAUAACUUUAAUA